UUUACCUCUGUGGCCUAGACCUUCACUGACCAACUGAACAUAAGAUGAGAUAGGAUGAUAUUUUCCAGUCAAGAGGUGAUUUAUUGAAGUCAUAAAUUAGUAAGAUAAUGCAAAAUUCCGUUGGCCGAUAGUUGCACCGUCAUAUGGCCUUUGUCCAUACAGUCCUUCCUGAUAGAAGAUUUGUUUGCGGACGACUCACAGCUCAACUAGUGUUUUAUCAGCACCGCUCCACAGUCAUCUCCUCUUGUCUUUAGCUCGGAGUUUGAAGAGGAGAAUCCACCAUGUGUUGUACAGGAAAAUGUGCUCGUCUGGUGGGACUGAUCCUUCUGCCUUCAGCCUUCAUUUGUAUGAUCUCCAAUGUGCUGCUUUUUUUCCCUAAUGGAGAGAAGCUGGAGACUAACCAGAUCACACUACAAGUCUGGCUCCUGGGAGGGUUCCUAGGGGGUGGACUUUUUAUGCUAUGUCCCAGCUGUUCUGCAAUCCGAGCCGGGGGCAAAGGUUGCUGUGGAGCUGGUUGCUGUGGGAACCGUUGCCGUAUGCUGAAUUCUGUUUUCUGCUCAGCUUUUGGAGUGCUAGGAUCCAUCUACUGUUUAAGUGUGUCCUCUGCAGCCAUGGCUAUUGGGCCAAAGUGUGAGGUGUCUACAGGGGAAUGGAUUUACCCCUUUGAAAACACUGGGACGGGAAACGGCAGUUACCUUGUGAACCAGGAUCUAUGGACUGAGUGUAAGUUCCCUGAAAAUGCUGUGAUGUGGCACGUGGUCCUCUUCUCCAUCCUCCUCUCCAUGGGCGCUCUGCAGCUGGUGCUCUGUGGUAUCCAGGCUGUCAACGGCUGCAUUGGCUGCAUCUGUGGGGAUUGCAGAGACAGGAAAGAGGACGAAGGUGGACUGUGAAGAUGGAUGGUGUAAUAUGAACUCAAGAUUUUCAUUAUCAAACCUCAAGUAGGUCUGUCACGAUAACAAAUUUUGAAGCACGAGAAAUAUUGCGAUAAACGAUAAAACUGACCCUACACAAAGCAGGUUAAUACCAGUAAACCUAUUUUUAAAUAUAAUAUAUCAUUAAUAAGCCUAAGCGGCAACAAAUUAAUAGCAGAAUGUAUUGUAUUACAUAAAAAUGUCAAAAAUUGCCCCACUUUUGCUAAGAAAUUAUAUAAAUACUUUCAUAUAUUGAACAAUAAAUAUAAAUAUAAAUACAAAUAUACAUAUAUAC